AAUGGGAGUACCGAAAUUUUUUCGAUACAUUAGUGAAAGGUAUCCUUGCCUUAGCGAAUUGGCCCGCGAACAAUGUGUUCCCGAUUUCGAUAAUUUAUACUUGGACAUGAAUGGAAUUAUACAUAAUUGCUCACAUCCGGAUGAUACAAAUAUCCACUUCAAUAUCACCGAAGAGGAAAUGUUUAAGGAUAUUUUCAAUUAUAUCGAUAAGCUGUUCUUUCUUAUUAAGCCACAAAAACUGUUCUUUAUGGCCAUCGAUGGUGUUGCACCACGUGCCAAAAUGAAUCAACAGCGUAGCCGACGUUUUCGUUCGGCCAAGGAGGCGGAGACAUUGGAAAAGUUGGCAGCCAGUCGUGGUGAGGUGCGAGAACAUGAAAGAUUCGAUAGCAAUUGUAUUACACCCGGUACGGAGUUCAUGGAUCGUUUGCAUGAAGCAUUGCGUUAUUUUAUAAAGAGUAAAAUCAGUGCUGAUCCUUUGUGGCAAAAAUGCCGCGUCAUACUGAGUGGUCAUAAUGCACCCGGUGAAGGAGAACACAAAAUUAUGGAUUAUAUACGUUAUUUGAAAUCACAAAAUGAUUUCGAUCCAAAUACCCGUCAUUGUUUAUAUGGUCUGGAUGCCGAUUUAAUUAUUUUGGGAUUAUGUACACAUGAAUUACAUUUUGUGGUGCUACGCGAAGAAGUUAAAUUUGGCAAAAAGAAUAAAAAGGCUUCGGUAGAAGAGACACGUUUCUUUUUGCUACACUUGGGACUGUUGCGAGAAUAUUUGGAAUUGGAAUUUGACGAAUUGAAGCAAUAUCCAGAUUUUGAUAUUGCUAAACUAAUUGAUGAUUGGGUACUUAUGGGUUUUUUGGUGGGCAAUGAUUUCAUACCACAUCUGCCAUGUCUUAAUAUAUCAUCGAAUGCCUUGCCAUUGCUCUACAAUACAUAUAAAAAAGUUUAUCCCAGUUUAGGUGGAAACAUAAAUGAAAAUGGCAAACUAAACUUGGAACGUUUGGAGAAAUAUUUUGAGGUUUUAUCAGAAGUGGAAUUUGAAAAUUUCCAAGAAAACUAUGCCGACUUGAAAUAUUUUGAAGCAAAACAAUCAAAGAAUGGUAUUGAUGAAGCCUUUGAUUUCGAUGUCAGUGAAAUAAAUAAUGAAAAAUUAGAUGACGAUUUGGCAGCCUUAAUUGAAAGCAGCAAACAGUUUAUGGACGAUGACGAAGAUUUGUCGGAUGAUGAUGGUCAACAUAUAAAUGAUGAAUUUGAAAAUUAUAAACGUAAUUAUUAUAUGAAUAAAUUGAAUCAAGAAAAUUCCGAUAGUGAAUACAAAAAAGAGCAGGCCAUUUGUUAUAUAACUGCAUUGCAAUGGAUAUUGGAUUAUUAUUAUCGUGGCGUGCGUUCAUGGGGAUGGUAUUAUCCCCAUCAUUAUGCACCAUUUAUAAGUGAUUUAAAGAAUUUCAAAGAUCAUGAAAUUAAAUUUGAUUUAGGCAAACCAUUUUUGCCAUUUCAACAGUUAUUGGCAGUUUUGCCGGCAGCUAGUAAACAAUUAUUACCCUCAGCCUAUAGGGACUUAAUGACAAAUCCAUCUAGUGAACUAAUUGAAUUUUAUCCCGAAGAUUUUAAAACUGAUCUCAAUGGUAAAAUAAAUGAAUGGGAGGCGGUGGUACUAAUACCAUUUAUUGAUGAGAAACGCCUUUUACAAGCCAUGGAAAUUUGUGACCAACAAUUGACAGCCAGUGAACGAAAACGUAAUCAACAUGGCCCAAUGUUACAAUAUGAUUAUACACCAGAUUCUCAGGGUCAAGUUCCAGGAAUCUAUUCUCUAAAGCCAUUGUAUAAUGUCUAUUGCACUGAAAAGCCUUUUUGGUCUAAGGAUAUUAUGGUGGCCACGGACACGACGGUUUGUGUUGAAUUACCAAAUGCAGCAAGACAUGUUUUCUUUCCUGGUUUUCCAACUAUGAAACAUUUAGAUUAUAAGUUCGAAAUAAGAGCGGCACGCGUUAAAGUUUUUGACUAUCCUAGUCGUAAUGAAAAUAUGAUUCUACAACCACAAGCACGUAAAAAUUUUGACGACAUCUUUACCGUGGCCGAACAAAUGCUAAAUCAAACCGUUUACAUUGGUUGGCCACAUUUAGUUAAAUCGAAAGUUGUUGGCAUUUCGAAUCGAGAGAAAUAUAUUGAUGUGGAUGGCAUCAAAGAUAUGGAACCGAAAAUAUUUGAUUUACAUACCAAGGCUGUCAGAGAACACUUAACAACACGCAUGGGUAUUGAAUUCCCCGAUCUCUCGGUACUUGUACAUGUACGUACAUAUAUUGGUUCGUCGUAUAUUUGCGGUAGCCAAGGCAAGGUGACCCUAAAUGAAAUGUGGAGUCCAACAACGACGGCAUAUCCAGCUCAUGGUGUUGUUUCCCAAAUUGCGGUGCAAAAUACUCUAUCGAAUCAAAUUAAAAAAAUCGAACAACUAUUCCCAGAGAACAGUCGUAUUUUCUUUGUUGGAAAUCCUUAUUAUGGCAGCGAAGGUGUGGUAAUGAAUCCAUUGUUGGUCUAUGAAUGUGGAAGGUUAAAGGUAAAUAUAACCGUACUUCCCGAACCGAAUUUCUCCGAGGCCAAAUAUAUACAAAGUCAAUUGGAAAAAGAUUAUAUAACAUCAUAUCAAGCAGCAUCACAAAUUGGCAUACAAAUAAAAUGUUUAGCCCGUUUAACGGGUCCCGUUUUGGUAGUGAAGGGAGCACGUCGUCCCAAAUCGGAUUUGCCCGAUAAUUUAGCAAAAAUUAACAUUGGUCUACAAUUUAAAUAUUUCAAAUCUCAAGAAGAACUUGUUGGCUACACCAGACGCAUGGACAAUCAAUGGUUUAUGUCGACAAAGGCAAUUAAUCUUAUUCAGGAUUAUAUAGAGAAAUUCCCAAUGGUUGUUGAGUAUUUAAGUAAUACCUCCGAACGUAGUGAGUUGUUGUUUGAGGAAGACAUCUUUCCAAACGAUGUGGGUUCAGGGAAAUUAGAAGAAAUUGCAGCAUGGCUAAAGGAACAGCCACAUAUGAAAGCGGAAAAAAUCGCUUGUGGUUCAAAGACCAUGGAAAAGGAGGCUGUGGAGAAGAUUUUGGAAGCGAUUGAAGAAUUAAAGACUCUACCAGUAAAGACUGUAAAAUUACAAGUUAAGCCACAUCUGCUGUUGAAGCCAGAUGUUAGUUUGCCCAGCCAUUAUAAACCAAAAAGAUCCAUACAAUUAUUUGAUCGGGUUGUUGUGGUUAAGACUACAUAUAUGGUUCCUCUCGGUGCCAAAGGCACGGUUAUUGGUAUAUAUCCGGUAAGUGAUCCAAAUCCCGUACGUUUGGAAUGUGUCAAGUCUGUGGAUAAUUUCUAUGAAGUACUAUUCGAUAAACAUUUACCGAAUGGCCAUGAUGUACAUGGUAUUGCAGCACAAAGAGUAUAUAAAGUUCCAGAAUCUUCCGUCCUAUUAAUAUUUACUCAAGGCAACAAUAAUGAACAAUUUUACGAAGCCAAAUUACAGUUGGAAGAAAGUCGUAACAAUUCUUCUUCCAUUAAAUCAAGAACAAACCAACAACAACAACCUGUAAAUAAUUCGUAUUCAAAUGUACCAAUGUUGGUGGGCAAUCAAGAUGUUAAAACGGCCACAACAUCACGACAGGUUAUACAAAAAGGUAGUAAUGAUUUUUGGAUGCCAUCGGCAAAUACGAAAAUUAAACACACUGGAAAUAAUGGAGGUGGCGGUGGUGGUAUGAUGACAACAAAUAAUACGGUAUCGUCAUUCUUUAAUGCAAAUAUUGCACCGAAAUCACCCAAUAUGCCAGUAAAAAUUUUACAAAAUUCAAACACAACACUGGCAGGAGGGCCACCUAAAACAUCGGCAGCGCCUAUUGUCGUUCCAUCCGGAUGUCAGGACGAUGGUACACAUGCCUUAAAAUCAUUAUUAGGUUUAGCAGCAGGUACACACCCACAAAUGCCAACAUCACCAAUUGCUCCUGCAUGCAAGCCACAAUUACCGCAACCACCAACAAGUUGGAGAUCUGAUGCUCAACGAGUACCACCUCCUCCUGCUCCCUCUCAUCCACAAAAUAAUUUUGCACGUUUAUCCUUUUCCCAACCGACAUUCAAUCAAACGAAUGCUCCCAUGGCUGUUAUAGGUGGCACUGUGGUACCUUUACCCACACCGUCACAAAUGUCGUUAGCUGCUAUGCCGCCACCGCAAGGACAUCUUCAGCCACAAAUCCACCACCACCACCAACAACCGCGUGUGCAAACUCAGGUAUACACUCAAAGUCAGCAUCCGUCACAAGCGUUUGCUUCGAACAGCCUAAAUCAAAAAGGUGCAUUUAUACCACUACAAGUUGCCCGGAAGUCCACCACAGCAUCAUCUCCAAAUAACUGUAACACCACCACCAAUGCACCGGAAACCACUGAUGAUGCCGUAACGAAAAAUUUCUCUCAAUUAUCAGUGACUGCCAAUGUUAGUAGUGAUUCAGGAAAUAACUCAACACAAGCUCAAGCUAUGACCUCAACAGACGGCGGAGGCGGCGAUACAAAUGAGAAAAAGACCACCUAUGCCCCUCGCAAGAAACCACCACGUGUUCCCAAAAUUGGAGCCAAAUUUGAUUAUGCCUAUUAA